GUCACAGUGGUCACCAGGCAGCCAAAGGGGCUGUGUCCUUCCGCUAGAAGCUCCAAGAGCCCAUAGGCUGUGGCCAAGGACAACCCCAAGGUAAAGCCACAGGUACUUCGGACCACAGCCCGUGCCAUGCUGGACUUCUCCUCCCCAGAGGGCCAUUCUAUGUCAGUUUUGACCAUGGCUGCUGGGACCAAAUGCCAGUGUGUCUCCUCCUGGAGAUUCUUCAGGUUCUGUGGGGCCUGGAAUUCUUCGUCCUGUUCUAAGUUCUGCAGGCUUGUACGAUGGGUGUGUCUCAGAACCCGCUGCUCCCCAGUUCUGAGGGCUCAAGGAGCUGAGGAAUUGAAGGACACAGGCCAGUCGUGGGCUGUGUGUGAAGCAAAGCACACGGGCGACAUGUCCUUCCUCUCAUCAACAUUUCACAGCCUGGGAAUCUUUGAAAAGAUUUCUGGGAUAAAAGAGGCUCUCAAGAAUAGGCUACUGGACAUUACACAGCGUCAGUACCGAGCAGGAGGGCAACAAAGGAAACGGCCCCACACCAUCAUACAGGGGCUCCUACGCUGGGGUCUUCCAGUUUCCUGGAGCCGGUUCCUGUGGCGCCAGCCAGGAGAGUUCCCAGUCACUGCUUUCCUGCUAGGAACAGGCACGGGUGGGCUCCUGGCCAUAGGUCUCUUUCAGCUCUUGGUGAACCCCAUGAACAUUUACGAGGAGCAGAAGGUGGUGGCGUUGUAUGGCUUGACAAGCUUGGGGGCCAUAGGCUGGGGCAUCUCCCCUCACAUCCGCUGUGCCAGUCUCCUGUUGGUACCCAAGAUGCUGGGCAAAGAAGGCAGACUCUUUAUCAUGGGAUAUGCUCUGGCUUCCAUCUACAAAGGGCCGGUGGCCAAUCUACAGUACAACAUCAAUGAGGUGAUAGCAUCCCUGGGCUGCACCGUGGAGCUGCAAAUCAACAACACCCGAUCUGCCUGGCGCGUCUCCACGGCCCCUCUGCGGGCAGUGUUCAAGGAUAUGCUGAGCAGCAAAGACUCACUGAAAACAGAGAUUGCAAACGUCUCGACCUCCUUUGAGGACCUGGAUGCCCAGGUGGAGAGUAACAUUGGCUACUCACCUGAGGACAAGGACAUGGACACAGCCCCAGGCACGAAGGCCCUCGGAACCGGAACCUCCAGAGCCAGACUCCACCUGUCCACACAGAUGGUGUAUGAGCUGAAGACCAAGCUGCGCUGUUCUCAUGUAGUGAAUAAGGCCAUACUGAGCUGCUACCGCUGGUUUGACAAAAAGCAUCAACGGUGCAUGCAACGCAUCCAGGUCCCACUCCUGAACAGCCUGCUCUGCCUGCCAAUGAAGUUCAAGUUCUUCUGUAACAUUGCCAAGGUGAUGGAGAUCUGGUGUCACAAACGCAUCCCCGUGGAAGGCAACUUUGGGCAAACCUAUGACUCGGUCAACCAGUCUAUUCAUGGUCUGUCUGGAGAAUUUUCAGCCAAUAUUGACAUUAAGGAGCAGAAGCAGUCUGCAGUGGUGGGUCUCAGCACGAACUGGGAACACGUGAGCGUCGAGGUGCGGGACUAUGCUCACCAGCAGGAGGCCCGUCUGCAGUGGGCUGUGGGGCUGAUGCACGUGCUCCUGUCCUGCACCUUCCUGCUUGUCUUCCAUGCAGCCUUCUCCUACAUGGAUAACUACAACUGGGACAUCCGCUUUGACAACAUCUACAUCAGCACCUACUUCUAUCAGAUCGAUGCCCGCAGGAAGAAGCUGGGCAAACAGAGUCUGUUGCCACUCCGCAAGGCAGAAAAGACAUCCGUCAUCUUCCCUCUCAAGGCCACUAUCCAGGCCACGGAGAUGCGCAAUGUGAUAAGGGAGCUCCUAGAGACACUGCCCAUCCUCCUCCUGCUGCUGGUGCUGUUUGCAAUCGACUGGGUGCUCUACUCCAUCUUUGACACCAUUGGUCACCACUCCUUCGUGCAGUACUCCUUCCGCAGCAGUCACAAGCUGGAGAUAAAUGUUGAGGGAGACUCCAUACUUGCCAGGCUCCUUCGGAAAACCAUCGGAGCUCUGAACACCACCUCGGAUACAGAAAUGGAGACAAACAACAUGCCCUGCCUGCCCCGAGCCGUGGGCCUGUCUGCCGGCGGCUACUUUAGAGCCUCACUGCCAACCUGCCUGCUUAUGUGUGUCUGCCUAGCUCAGGCCUUUGGCUACCGACUCCGGAGGGUCAUCGCAGCCUUCUACUUCCCCAAGAGAGAGAAGAAGCGGGUUCUCUUCCUCUACAAUGAGUUACUGAGGAAGAGAUCAGCUUUCACAAAGCUGAGGAGGGCGGCCAUUGUCCGGCGGGCACGGCAGCAGACCACUCCACGCCCCCCCGUGGUGGACGCGCUGUACCGCCGGUGCCCGCUCCUGCGCCGCUUGACGCGUCGGCGCUGCGUGGUGUGCCAGGCACUAGAGACGCCCGAGUCCUACGUGUGUCCCACGCCGGACUGCAAGGCCCUGUAUUGCCGGUCGUGCUGGGACGACAUGCAACGGCAGUGCCCGGUGUGCACGCCCCGCGAGGAGCUCUCUUCAUCCGCCCACAGCGACAGCAACGACGACACUGUAUACGGCGAAUGAAGGGAUGCUGCCCAUCUUCUUGUUUAAUAAAGUGUGAUGCACGC